AUGGCCAAGGGAAAGUCCGCAAAUCCCAUGGACGCAUACAGGAAGGCGCAGAGGAAGAAGGAACUCAAGAAGGCAAGGCCCCGUUCCGAACGCAGACCAAUUUCUAAAGCGGCACCGUCAGACAUCGAGGAUGAGAUAGCAAAACUCGAAUCGGCCUCUGAGCUUCCCGUGUCUGAAAGGACCCGUCUUGCGGACCUCAAGGCCGAGCUGGAGAAGAUCAAUAAGAAGAAGGAAGAAUAUGUCCAGGAACACCCUGAGCAUCGCAAGCUGGUCUUCAAGUCGCGUAGGCCCGCAGAGUCUCGGGACGAGAAGAAGGAAGAAAGUACUACUCCAAAGAAGAGGAAUGUAUUCAAGAAGAAUGGACUUCCUCGGCAUCCGGAGAGGAGUAUCUAUUACGACCCAAUCAUGAACCCGUAUGGUGUCCCACCGCCAGGCAUGCCUUACGUUGAACGGGGCAACGAGGCUGAGCCAGAGUCCGAUGAUGAGAUCGUCAUGCCAGAGGGACCACCUCCAGCAGAGGAAGAUAGCGACGAAGAUAUUCCUAUGCCGGACGGCCCUCCACCUCCCAAGCCUGGCGAGCAACAAGCUUCGCCGCUAUCAAUAGGUCCGGUCCCGGUCAUGUCACCUUCUCCGCCAGCUGGGUUACCGCCCACAUCUACUGGUGUUCCUGUCAUACCUCCUCCGCCUCCUAGUAUGCCGUUUAUGUCCCCCAACCCCGGCAUCACAAUGCCUCCUCCGCCUCCGCCUCCACUACCUGGUUUUCCUAACGUGGUUUCGCCGCCGCCACCGCCACCUGGGUUCCUCACCAUGGCUUCCUCGCCCCCGCCCCCGCCACCAGGGUUCCCUGUCAUGGCGGGAACCAUACCUGGAGUCCCUCCGCCUCCUACUGGUUUCCCGCCUUUCUCCCCUUCCCACUUCCAACCACCCCUCCCUCCACCUCCCCCGGGAUUUUAUCCUCGUAAAGGCAAUGCAGGCGCCAUACAAGACCCACUGUCGUCAAUACCACAUCAGACCUUCCAAGCGCACCGUGCCGCGAAGGGAGCUGGGCAAACGACCCUUCCGCGCAACCCGUCCCUUCCCCAGAAACCGGUUUCUGGUGGCGUGCGUUUAUCCACAGCAGGCUCUCCGCCAGCGCCAGCUGCGUCGGCCGUCAUAUCGGCCGAGCCGGAGCUCCGCGAUUUCAAGAAGGAAAGCACCGCGUUCGUUCCGGCCGCACUGAAACGAAAGCGCGUUGGUACAGGAAGCAAGGUCAAUGCGGCGCCCACCGUCGGUCUGGCGGAAGACCACGAUGGUGAUGCGGGACCCGCUCCUGUAGCGAGACCAGAUCUACUCAGCACGCUCCAGGACAAAUUCGGUCCGCCGCCACCCAAGAAAGCCAAGGGAGAAGUGGAAGGGACGAAGACGUCUGCUGUGAAGCCGAAGGAUGACUAUGACAAGUUCUUGGAGGAAAUGGGCGAUGUCCUUGGUCCGUCGAAGGCCACGAGCUGA